CAAGUGUCAACAGUUCUAUUUGCAUUUUCGUGUUGAAUCUAAAAAAUCAACAAUAAAAUUAGAUUUGGAAAAGUAUCAGUUCAACGAUUUUCCACCUAAGAAUAGCCUAUUUGUGUUCCAAUUGACGAGUGUUGUCCUAGAAUAUUAUGUCCAUAACAGAAUUUCUGAAAGAUUUACCCUGUCACAACGAGGAGAACUUCUCUCUAUUCAAUACUGAGAAUGGCGUGAAAACUUCCUCUAAAAGACCCUCGGUGUACAUUCAGACUGCCGAUAUUCCAUCGGAACAAGUGAUAGUCACCGAGAAAAAGAAUAUUUUGCUGCGUUAUCUCCAUCAACAAUGGGACAAAAAGAACGCACCAAAAAAGCGCGAUCACGGAAAUGAUCCCUCCAGUGACACUCUGAGAAAACGGCCCAGGCUUGAGAACCGCGAAAACAACAAUACAUAAAAUCAAUCAGUACGUUGCGAUUUAACGAAAACGGUUAAUACAUAUGCACAUUUCAUCUUAAACAGCAUCAAA